ACCCGCACGAGCUAUUCGGGGGCGACGAGAACCUGGCUUCCUUUCUCGAGUUUUGCCAUGGCCGAUGCGACGCCGCCCAGCUAGCCUAGGAUUCCCCUUCCUCCACCGCCGCCGCCCUGAACCACUACCGGCCUACCGCCGCCGUUGCCCUGCAAUACCGGCCAGCGCCCCGCGCCCUCGGUCUCUCCAUCCCCGACGCCCUUCACUCUAGGUUUUCUUGCAUCGCCGCCAGCCUGCACCACCUCCGUCGCCGCCACCCUCCCGCCCGCCCGACCUUCUGCAGCACGGAGGAAAUCUCACCGCAUCGUCGUGCCUACCCUUCUCACCAAGCGAUGACCUGACGGAGUGACGGGAGCAAUAGCAACUGAAGCUCGUGCCGCUGCAGAUGCCUCUGUUCCUCUUUGGCGACGCACUCCGCAGAGCCACGGCGGCGGGCUUCUUUGUUGCGGGCUUUGCCCCAUUCUCAGCGUGAGGUGGACCGGAGGAAUUCUCGGUUGGACGUGUCGUCUAUGUGUGUUGCGACCGAGCGUUUUUUUGCAUCUGGACGUGUUCGCUCUUGGACCGCUGGUGACGGUCUGACUCAACCCGUUUACCAGUCGCAGCUCCGAUCCCUGCUCCCAACUCCGGCCGGCGGGGGUUCCAAGCUCUCCCAGCUCCACCGCGCGCACUGGUUGAGAAGACAGGCCUUACCACCCGUAGGACUCCCUCUCCCCGUGCGACCCGGCCAUGGGCGCUGAGGUGACCCAGAUCAGCGCCUUCACCACCGCGGCUGCCCACACGCUCUGCUUUGCAUGCCUCGCUGUCGCCCACUCCCUCGCUGGCCGCGGCGCGCUUGUCUCCGACCCUGCCCUUGCCCUCCGUCUCGUCGUGGUCUGUGAAGUGCCACUCAUCAUCGUGGUGUUCAGCUUGCUCCGGCGAGAUCCCAAACACUGUUCGUUCCUCAAGGCGGCUGCACGUGGAUUGCUUGGCUUGCCCAUAGGAGCGUUCCUAAAUGCAUUUGGUGCGGUUGCUCUUGGCGCGCCUGUUGGAAUCAAGUUCUGGACAGCAACGAUAUACAGGUCGCUUCUUAUGUCGCUGUUCACAGUACGUUGCUUUUGCUCUGGUAUACUAAUUCAACAGCUACCACUUGUUCACAACAAGAUUACCAACUGCAAAACCGGCACAUGUGCUGGUCCUGUACUGUUUGUUCCGGCAGCAUGUGUCUUCGGAGCAUCCAAAGUCGAUUGGCAGAAUGCGCUUUCUUAUUCCAUUUAUUUCACAUCAUCUGAUGUUGUGGAGUACAUGAUCUCUAUGCCAUCUCAUGGAGCCGUGAUAGGAGCAUGGCUUGGUGCUUGGCCUAUGCCGCUUGACUGGGGGAGACCUUGGCAGGAAUGGCCAAUAUGUGCCACUUAUGGUGCAAUUGCUGGGCAUUUGAUUGGCAUGGUAGUGUCGCUGAUCCUGAUAGUUGCUCAGAAGAGAAGAGUUCGUGCCAAAGCUGACUAGCCUAUUUGGAUGAUGAAUGGCCUUCUUUGUCCAGAUUAUACUGUACAGUCAUCUUCUAAAAAAAUUACCUACUUGGCUACUUGUUGAUUAGCUUUCAUGUUGAUAGAAGUACUGAUGCCUUCCAAGUUCUCUAGUCGUUGUAAUUAGAACAGUUCCCCAUUGCUACGGCUGUCAUGCGUUUGAUUAGAGCAGAAAUAA